AUGGGAUCUGAUGCUGGAGACUGGUGUCUUAUUGAGAGCGAUCCCGGUGUUUUUACUGAAUUAAUCAAUGGCAUAGGCGUUCAAGGUGUUCAGAUUGAAGAGCUUUAUUCAAUAGACGAUGAGGAACAUCUUGACAAAUUAAAGCCAAUUUAUGGUCUAAUCUUUCUUUUCAAAUGGCGACAAGGUGAAGAAGUAGAGGGUACUCUUCAACCUGAUGCUCCCGUUUAUUUUGCCAAACAGGUCAUUACGAAUGCAUGUGCUUCACAGGCAAUUAUCAAUUUACUUUUAAAUAUUGAUUCAAAUGAUGUUAGUUUGGGAAAUACACUGGAAAACUUUAAGAAUUUUACUCAAAAUUUUGACGCUGGAUUACGUGGUCUUACUUUAAGCAACAGUGAAGAAAUCCGAAAAUUACAUAAUUCGUUCAGUCGGGAACAUUUUAUGGAAAUGGAUUUGCCAAAGAUAAAAAGUGAAGACAAUUUUCAUUUUAUUGCUUAUGUACCUGUUGAGGAUAAAAUUUAUGAAUUGGAUGGAUUACGCGAUGCUCCUAUUUUCUUGGCGGAUAUUAAUAAAGAGGAGGGCAAUAAUUCAACUGAUUGGAUUGAUAUUGUUCGUCCAUUCAUUAAAAGACGAAUUGAGAAAUAUACUGCUGGUGAGAUUCAUUUUAAUUUAAUGGCGUUAGUCCCAAAUCUACGUUCCAAAUAUGAACAGCGAAUAGCUGAGCUUAGCACGAUGGAAAUGGAUUCUGCUGAGGUUGGACUUGAAAUUAGUCAAUUACAAAAUUUAAUUGAAGAUGAAAAGGAUAAAAUGAAACGUUACAAAAUUGAGAAUAAUCGACGUCGUCACAAUUAUAUGCCGUUUUUAAUUGAAUUAUUAAAAUGUUUGGCUAAAGAAGGCAAAUUGGUUGAUUUGGUUUGUGAAGCACAAGAAAAAAAGAAAAAGUCUGCGACUUCUCCAACCAAGAAAGUGCAAAUUCAAUUAGUAAUUGGAAAUCAAACUUUAAAUUUUUAUAGAAUUCAGAUGGGUGAAAUUAAUAAUUCUGAUGAAAUGUUAAAAGAAGAAUUGGAAAAUUUAAAAAUUGAGAAUGAAAAUUUGAAGAAAAUGAAAGAAGAAAGUGAUAAAAAAUUGGAUGAAAAAUGUGAAGAAAAUAUUAAAUUAAAAGAAGAAAAUUAUAAUUUUGCACAGGAAUCGGAAAAAAAUAAAUUUUUAAUAAAACAAUUGGAAGAUGAAAAAUUGAAAAAUUUAAAUGAAUAUGAGGGGGAAAUUAAGAAAUUUCAAAGUAAAGUUGAAGUACUUGAAAGAGAAAAGAAAUACGCUCUUGAUUUGUACACAAAUCUUGAGAUGAAAUUUGAAGAGGAUAAAAAUGAAUUGAAUAGUGAGAAUUUUAAUUUAAAAGCAGACAAUGAUCGUUUAAAAAUACAAGUUAUGGAACAAUCUCGUGAGGAAGGACUGACAUCUUUAAAGCUUAGCACUGAAAAUAAAAAAGUUCAAUCAGAAAAUGAUCAAUUAAAGGAAAAAUUAAAAAAUUAUGAAUCUGAAUUGCAUGAAUAUUCAGUUAAACAUGAAGGUUUAAAAAAGUCAAUUGAUGAAUUAAAUAAUCAAAUUACUUCAAUGAAUGAAUUGGCUAAAAUAAAAAUUCAAAGUAAAGUUGAAGAACAAGAAAAAGAGAAGAAAUGUGCUUUUAAUCAAGAAAAUGUUAAAUUAAAUGAAGAGCUAGAAAACGAUGCUUCUACGUCUCUCAAUCAACAAAUAAUUAAGAAAAUAAAACUCUUUGUGCCCCCCCACUGCCGAGACACAUUCCCAGGACGAUUUUUAGGGCCUGGGGGCCGGACACAGAAAGAAUUGGAACUCUCAUGCCGGUGUAAGCUUUUCCUUGCUGGAAAAGGCGUCAAACAUUCUAAAAGUGAAGAAGAAAUGCAUGUUCUUAUAAGUCCCAUCUAUCACAUCAACACUUCUGAUUUAGGCAAAGCUCAAAAAGAAAUUAUGGAACUAUUUAAAUUAAAAAGAAUGGAUCCUGUUCGAGAAGCACAAUUGACUGAAUUAGCAAGAAUUAAACAAAAAUUGGAAGAAGAAAAAGUAGCUGAAUCGGAAAGAAUUGAACAAGAACGUAGAGAAGAAAUUAAAAAAUGUCAAGAAAAAAAAGAUAAAGAAGAAGUAGAAGAUGCUUUUACAUGUUUAGUCUGUAAACAAAGAUUUGGAAAGAAACACAGAAUUCCAGUGCUAUUUACCUGCUCACAUACUUUUUGUGCAAUUUGUGCUCCACGAAUGAAAGAAGAAAAUUUAUUUACAUGUCCGAAAUGUCGGAAGAUAUCUUUGGGAAAUAUUCUAGAUAAUAAAAAUUAUCAAUUAAUAGAGGCGAUGGAAGCAAUGAAAAUGUAUGAAGACGAUGAUCCACCAACACCUCCACCAACUCCUCGUAUUUGUGGUAGACUCCCUCCCCGCGACAUCCCGACCAUCCGGCAAUGAGAGCAAACAGGAAUAUGCAAUAAAAAUGAUA